UUUCGGUCACCAACCCCCGCAAUAUAAAAAGGGUGAUCAUUCACUGUAAGUGCCACUCACGCCCACAUUCACAUCAAAGAGAAAGAUGGCUUGCCGGCAGUUAUGGGCUUCAAGAGCUGCUUCGUACCUCAGGAUCUCUGUCUUUCACCGAAGCUUCUCUAAUGUUUUGAACAAUCUGAAGUAUGCCGAUUCUCAUGAAUGGGUGAAAGUUGAUGGAAACUCUGCAACCGUCGGCAUAACUGAUCACGCUCAAGAUCAUUUGGGUGAUGUUGUGUAUGUUGAACUGCCAGAAGUUGGAGCAGCAGUGACACAAGGGGAUGCUUUUGGUGCAGUUGAAAGUGUGAAGGCAACUAGUGAUGUUAACUCUCCCGUUUCUGGAAAAGUUGUUGAAGUUAAUGAAGAACUCAGCAGCUCUCCUGGUUUGGUGAACUCAAGCCCAUAUGAAAAUGGAUGGAUAAUUAAAGUUGAGUUGAGUGACAGUGGUGAGCUUAACAAACUGAUGGAUUCAGAAAAGUAUUCCAAGUUCUGUGAAGAAGAAGACUCCAAGCAUUAAUGUUUUUUUUUCAUUAUCUUUGGGUACUUCCCAUGGUGUAGAUGAGAUGAUGUCAAUUUGGAAGCUAAGAAUUGCUUCUUCGUGUUUUGUAUUUCUGUCAGUAUUGACUGCUCUUUUUAUGAUUUUUGCCUGAGCUUCUGAUGCAAUGGGGAGUUUGAUAAUAAAAGAACCAUGAGUAGUUUUUGUUGC